AUGAUUGCUGGAAUAUUCGGAUCUCCCAAUGCGAUUCCUGAUUUAAGUGGUUCUCAUCUGAUUAUACCAUGUAACUCUGCUGGUCAGUCUCCCUUCAUUGCACUCGAUCUUUUGAUCCUUAACGAACCCUCAGUUUAGAAGAUCGGUCACUAUAAAUCUGUAAACAUAGCACCUUGCAUCUCGAAUGAUGGCACCUCUCUUCAGCCCAGCGAAGGACAGAUCACCCUUCCAGCAGAGAUAUAUUACUCAAAAGAACUGAAUUUGACCAUAUUAUUCAUCCGUUCAGGAGUCUAAGAAGGCAGAAUGAGAAAAUACGGUGAUGAACUAGUCUAGUUUGCAAAGUAGCAUGGCUUUGCUAGUGUAAAUCUGAUCUCUUCCACUUUGAGUCCUAUUGCAAGAGAAAGAGAUUCUAAUAGAUUAAUUCCAGAGAUAUUUGGUUAUGUAAACAAUUAUAUAUACAAGCAGAAGAAUCCUAAGUAUUAUGAAGUCUACGGGAUCAGAAGAUUCGGGUAUUGGUUGAAGGACACUAAAAUCAAGCAUCAUUAGGAAUUAGAUGAACUUAUGAUGGCCGGCUCAGCAAAAGGUCUGAUUAAGACUUUUAACAGAUAAGAUAUUCCCUGCACCUUGUUUGUCAUUUUUACUUCUGGGGGUAUUGAUUUUGUUGGAGGCUACACCUACUAUUAGUUUAUUAAGAACUUUUUCUCCGGUAACUUAGCCUUAGCUUCAGAUGUCUAUAAGAAAUUUGGCAAAUUGCAAUUAAGCCAAAAAGAUGGAGAAGAGAUACAUGAAAUGCUUUUCUAAAAGAAAGCCCUAAAGAUACCUUUCUACUGUCUAGGCAAAAACGAGAAAAACUUGCUUAGCUUACAGCAUUCAGCUCUAGAUAUAUCCCCAAAACUGUUCAAUUUUGCAUCCUGGCUAAACAGUAGUGAGUUUAUUAAUCCAUCUAACACUUCAAGUAUUCAUGGAACUACACCUGCUCUUAAUGUAAAUUUCUCACUAGCGUUCCAAAACUUCAAUCAUCUUAAUGGAAUGGGUUAUGGCAUUAAGUCACUUCAAAAUAUAACUUAAGGAGACACUAUUAUUAAAUAAAAAACCACAAUAGGCUUGAUAAGCAAAGAUCUUCAUGACGAAGGAUAAUAGAUAUUAGAAAAGAGUGUUUAAGACUAGCUUAGUGAAGCAUAAUUGCAGGAUUUAAGAGAAGAAGAAUCUUUAGAAGCAAGCAUUUAGAGAAUCAGCAAAGAGAUCAGUGAAUUAUUUUUUCCAGGAGAUUUCAAUAAAGUCAAUCAGAACAAACUUUAUCAGCAUUUAAUGUUGACUCAAAAGUUACUUAUGAUUGAUAGAAAGCAAUUCACAGAGACAGCAUCUGAUUAGUUAAUGCAAGCUUACUUAGAUAUCGUUCCUAGAGAUGACAUGAGUACUUUGAUCUAUUGGAAUCGUAAAGUUCUGAACGAAAUAGAUUCUGAAACACUGAGAAGCUAGUUCCAAUAGACAGAAUAAUACUAUCAAAGUAUAUACCAUCAUCUAGUUAAUUUAGACUCCUCUCCGUAUAAGGGAAAAAACUCCUUGACAUUAGACUAAUUUUUGUGGGCUUUUACCACUAUAUCUCAGAGACAUCUAGUCAUGAUGAAUUAGUAGCUUACUAAUGAUCCAAACAUGAUCAUGCUCUUAGUGCCUUUAUUCGACAUGCUAAAUCACUCUCAAGAGCCCAAUGUUAUAAUUACUCCUUAUGAAGAUAAAAUUACCAAUGAGUCAUUUGUUUUGCUUUAAGCUAUCAAAGAUAUUUAAAAAGAUGAGUAAUUAUGCAUUAGCUAUGGAAGUCUUGGCAAUUCUCACUUGAUUCAGAAAUAUGGAUUUACUCUUGAAAAUAAUCCUCAAAAUUCCCUCACAAUUCAAUUGCCUUUUCACGAACAUUAAGGCUUAAUCUUUGAAGAAAUAGACCUAAAACGGAGGCUAUCAGCACAACACAGAGUACCAUUUAGCGAGCAUAAAUAUAUAAGUACACUUUACCCUGCUAGAUUCAAUCAAGACUAGUUAAAACAACUUAGACUUAGCUUUUUUACAUCUAGGAAUAUUAUUGAUUUAGGAGGAACUGAUAGAUUCAUACAAACUGCGGCAAACUUCUCAUAAGGAUUUUCAGAAGAUAAUGAAGACUUCUCAUUUGACUACUUAGUCAAAUCGCUAUAAAGUCAAUAUAUGAAACUUAAGCCUUUGAAUUACUAUUAAGAUUAGAUAAAAGAAAUUGAAAGUAGAAUAUUUAGAGAAACUUCACUAGAUGGUGAUUUGAGUGCCAAACCUGGUGUUUAAGUUGAUAAUGCUCUUGAGUAAUAUAAUAUGAUGAAUGCUUUCAGGCUCCAAGCAGAUGAAAGCAAAAUACUAUCAGCCAAUAUAGAAUUCCUAAAGAAAAAUCAUGCAAUUUCUGUCAGCAAAUUAAUUUAAGUUUGA